AUGUCUCAGAUCUCAAGCCUAAAGUUUUGGAUGGCAAAUUUGGCAAAACUGGAGUUUGCUGCCUUGGACCUUUCCAGGGACAACUUUUUAUCAUGGGUCCUGGAUGCCAAAAUUCAUCUACGAGCCAAUGGCCUCGGACAAACAAUUGUAGAUGAGAAUAAUGCUUCGCCUGAAGAGAAUGCGAAGGCCAUGAUCUUUCUUCGCCGCCACAUCCAUGAGGCGCUGAAAAGCGAAUAUGGGGUGGUUGAUGAACCGUUGCAAUACAGACAUAGCAGUUUCAAGAAGUACUCGGAACUUGUAUCUUGCCUCUUGUUAGCUGAGCAGAAUAAUGAGCUAUUAUUAAAGAAUCACCAACCUCGCCCAACGGGCUCAGCGCCACUUCCUGAAAUAAAUGCUGCAUCUCAGGAAGUGAAUGGCACUUCAUCUCGUGGUAAUAUCCACAAACGUGGGCGAUGGGGCAAGCGUGGCCAGCGAGAAAAAGAAAAAUGA